UUCUGUUCGAGUACCUGAUACUUUAGUGGCCUGUGGCAAGUGUGUACGUCUUUUCCGAGUAAAAUUUAGAAAUCUUGUGCUAAAAGUGAACUGCUUUACUAUCAUCGCACCAUGAGGAUUAUAGUCGAACAGCAUCCAAACGUGUUGGACGUUUCGGAACUGAUGCGGCCCGAGCCAAAGUUCGUCGAUAAGGAGGUGUCCAAGUUCCGGGACUACACCGUCGACGAAAAUGAUCCGCUUAAGGAGCGCGUGCGGCGCACGUACAAGCUUAUGCACACGCACCAAACGGUGGACUUCGUGAAAGGUCGUCGUGCGGACUGGCUCAAGUUCGACCAUUUCAAGGCAACGAUCCGGGAAGCGCUGGAGAAGCUGAACGAUCUGGUGGAUGAGUCAGACCCGGACCUGGACCUGCCGAACAUCGUGCACGCUUUCCAGACGGCCGAACGGGCCCGCGAGGAGUUUCCCGAGCUCGACUGGCUCCAUCUGACCGGCCUGAUUCACGAUCUGGGCAAGGCGAUGGCCUUCUACGGUGAACCGCAGUGGGCUGUGGUGGGCGAUACCUUCCCGGUUGGGUGCGAGUGGGGUCCGAACAUCGUCUAUCGGGAGGAUAGCUUCGUUGAUAAUCCGGACGGUUCAAACCCCAAGUACAACACCAAGAACGGAAUGUACGAGCCGAACUGCGGACUGGAGAAGCUGACCAUGUCCUGGGGCCACGAUGAAUACCUCUACCAGGUGCUGAAACACAACGGAAGCACGCUGCCGGAGCAGGCGUUGCACAUGAUCCGCUACCAUUCUUUCUACCCGUGGCAUUCUGGUGGCGACUAUCAUCAUUUGACCAACGAGAAGGAUGAACAAACCAAACAGUGGGUUCUAAUGUUCAACCGCUACGAUCUUUACACGAAAUCAACCACACUACCUGAUAUCGAUGCUUUGUGGCCGUACUAUCAAGGCCUCAUCGACAAGUACUGUCCAGGAGAGCUAGAAUUUUAGAGGACGAUAAGAAUACACUCCUUGGAAAAUAUGCAAUAGCUACAAGCAAAUGAAAGCACAAAUUAGUUAACCUAGACGUCAGCUUAAAUUAUGUUUAGUCAAUGAUUUAGCAAAAACUCCUAUACCUCCAAGUACUUUAAAGAAAUAUUUACAUUGUGCCUAGGAAACUGUUGGUUCUGGUUUAAACAUAUGAAUUGCUUUACCACAAACUGUGAUGAACCUUUUAAUCAUCGUUUUCAAACCAAAUGCGUAAACCGUUUGACAAAAUGUUCUACUGUUUUAUUACAAAUAAAAUGAAGUUAUGUUAUGUA